AUAACCCUGAGCUGUGACCCCCGUCAUUCACUGUAUAGUCUCACCCCACCCCGCAUUCACUAUAUCCGCUCUCCCCGGACCCCGCAUUCACUAUAUCCGCUCUCCCCGGACCCCGCAUUCACUAUAUCCGCUCUCCCCUCGGACCCCGCAUUCACUAUAUCCGCUCUCCCCCCGGACCCCCGCAUUCACUAUAUCCGCUCUCCCCGGACCCCGCAUUCACUAUAUCCGCUCUCCACGGACCCCGCAUUCACUAAUAUCCGCUCUCCCCGGACCCCCGCAUUCACUAUAUCCGCUCUCCCCGGACCCCGCAUUCACUAUAUCCGCUCUCCCCGGACCCCGCAUUCACUAGUAUCCGCUCUCCCCGGACCCCGCAUUCCUAUAUCCGCUCUCCCCGGACCCCAUAUCCACUAUAUCCCUCUCCCCGGACCCCGCAUUCACUAUAUCCCGCUCUCUCCCCGGACCCCGCAUUCCCUAUAUCGCUCUCCCCGACCCCGCAUUCACUAUAUCCGCUCUCCCCCGGACCCCGCAUUCACUAUAUCCGCUCUCCCGGACCCCGCAUUCACUAUAUCCGCUCUCCCCGGACCCCCGCAUUCACUAUAUCCGCUCUCCCCGGACCCCGCAUUCACUAUAUCCGCUCUCCCACCCGGACCCCCGCAUUCACUAUAUCCGCUCUCCCCGGAACCCCGCAUUCAUAUAUAUCCGCUCUCC